AUGAUGCUGUGGAAAGAGAUGCCCAUGGAAAUGGGGAACGGGACCACUGUCCAAGAAUUCACCUUGGAGGGGUUUCCUGCCAUCCAACACCUGGGAAAGGUCCUCUUCCUGGUGCACCUGCUGGCCUACCUGGCAUCCAUUACAGGCAAUGCUGUCAUAGUCACCAUCACCUGUGCUAACUCCCGGCUCCAGACACCUAUGUACUUUUUCCUCAGCACUUUCUCCUUCUUUGAGUGUUGUUUCAUAAGUGCUGUUAUUCCUAAGUUGCUGGUCAUCUUUCUUUUAGGCCGGCAAACCAUUUCCUUUCUUGCCUGUUUCAUACAAGCCUUUGUGUUUGUCUAUCUGGGAGCAGCAGGUUUCCUCCUCAUAGCAGUGAUGUCUGUGGAUCGGUACAUGGCCAUUUGCAAGCCUCUGCAUUACCCAACCAUCAUGAACCUCAAGACUUGCUUCCUCUUGGUCACUGCCUGCUUCACUUUGGCCUUCACUCUCAUCACUAGUCUGGUAGUAAAGGUUUCCCAGUUAUCCUUCUGUGGCCCCCAUGUCAUUCCCCACUUCUUCUGUGACCUUGGUGCCCUGAUUCAUCUCUCCUGUUCUGACACAAAGUCUGUUGAAAUGUUGGUCUUUGUCCUUGCUUUGUUGAUCCUUUUGACAUCCCUUAUCAUAACCGUCAUGGCAUACAGCAACAUAGUAGUCACAAUUGUGCGACUCCCAUCAGCCAAGGAGCGACAGAAAGCUUUUUCCACCUGCUCGUCUCACCUCAUUGUCCUCUCCAUGAUAUACGGCAGCUGUGUCUUUAUAUACGUGAAACCAAAGCAAAUGAACAAGCUGGACUCCAACAGGGAGGCUGCCCUUGUGAACACAGUGGUGACCCCGCUGUUGAAUCCUGUCAUCUACACUCUGCGGAACAAGCAGGUCCACCAGGCUCUGAGGGAGACAAUGUGCAGAAUGAAAAUAUCAAGAUAAAAAAAUUAUAUGGCCUUGGCAUGGAAGUCUUCAGAGAAUCAUCGUCUUCAUUCUCGCCAAUGUGACAUCCAUAGGGUUGUAGUGCUGCGUCUCUGGCAGAUGUCACUUCCCCUUUGUACAUCCCUAGCAAAACAGAAAUCUAUUUUCUAGGCCACAUUUUACUUGGAUGUGCAAAACUAUCUCUCCCUAAAUAUCCCACAUAUAUGUUUUGAAAAUGUUUAUUUCUGUAAUUUGAGAGAGAGAGAUGGGGGGCAGGGAAGCUCAGAGAGAGAGAGGGAAGGAGAGAGAAUCCUGACAGGGUCCAAACCCCACAUGGAGGCCCAAUGUGUGGCUGGAUCCCAUGACUGUGAGAUCAUGACCUGAGCCAAAAUCAAGAGUCAGACACUUAACCAACUGAACCACCCUACUGCCCCUAAAUAUUCCACAUAUUGAUGACAAUUGAUUAAUUGCAAGAUCCUUUACUGAAUUUUGAUUCUUAUCUCUGAUAUAAACCAUGUGCUUGAAAUUUCUAAAAUUUAGUGAUUUAUACUCUUUUUAUUUCAUUUCUAUCUAGCCAUGAACAUGAUUCAACAGAAUUAAUAAAUAUUUACCAAAGGCAUUUAGAUAGCUAAAAUGAUAGAUGCUUGUAUAUUAGGUUGUGGUUAUGAAGAAAAUGACAGAAAUAGUACCGAUGCUUGGGUCUACAUUCCCUUCAUCCUUAGCCCAAGGAAAUAAUGGUCAUAGCACCCAUUACCUUGGAAUAUAUAUGGUUUGCAUCAGGUGUGCUCUUAAAUGCUGUCCUUGGCCUUUAGCUUAGCUACAUACAUAGGCAUAAUUCUCAUGCUGGAGAGGAACAGAAUUGUUCUCAGUCUUAGAACAUUCUGUAAGGAUAGGGAAUAACCACAGCAUGUCACAGCUGACCAAUGCUGCUAUUUGCCUAAAUUAUUUAUUCAUAAUCAGCCCCUCAGAUGCAUGAAUACUUACGAUUUGUUCCUAUAUAAAAGCUGUUACCACAGAAUGUUUGUGUGUUAGUAUAAGGGAGCACAUGUUUCAUAUUUCUGUAAUUUCUUCCAAAGUCUAAGUUGGUGUAAUCUGAGUUAUUUGCCUAUCUUCUUCACAUUACUGAUGAAAAUAAACAAAUUAAGCUUUUUUUCCCCCUGGCUGACUUGUGUUGUCAAUGAUAAGGUUUUGUUCUGAUUGAUAACCCAUUUUAAAACCAAUAUUUCCAUCAUCUCAAUCUUUAAACUUUGUGUACCUUUAGCACUUAUUUUCCAGCUAGAAUGUGUCUCCUAUUUCUUCAGAAGAAUCAUCUCUAAAAAUAUUAAAAACACAAGAAACAACAGCCUUGGCAAGGAUGUUACAAAAGUGGAACCCCCUUACAAUGUUGGUAGGAAAGAAAACUGGUGCAGCCACUCUGGAAAACAGUAUGGAAGUUCCUCAAAAAGUUAAAAAUAGAACAAUCCAGCAAUUGCACUACUAGGUUUUUACCCCCAAAAUACAAAAAUAUUAAUUUGAAGGGAUACAUGCACCUCAGUGUUUGUUGCAGCAUUAUGAGUAAUAGCCAAGCCAAAUUAUGGGAAGAGCCCAAAUGUCCAUCAACUGAUGAAUGAAUAAAGAAGAUGUGGCACGCAUAUAUGUGGAAUAUUACUCUGCCAUAAAGAGAAUAUAAUUUUGCCAUUUUCAGUAACAUGGAUGGAGCUAGAGAGUAUUAUGCUAAGCAUAGUAAAUCAGUCACAAAGACAAAUACCAUAUGAUUUCACUCAUAUGUAUAUCUUAAGAAGGAAAACAAACGAGCAUAGGGCAAAAAAAAAAAAAAAAGACAAGAAACAGACUCUUAACUAUAGAGAACAAACAGAUGGUUACCAGAGGGUAGGUGGGUGGAGGGAUGAGUUAAAUAGGUGAUGCGAAUUAAGAUGUGCCCUUGUGAUGAGCACUGGGUGAUGUAUGUAAGUGUUGAAUCAUGAAAUUGUACACCUGAAACUAAUAUCACACUGUAUAUUAACUAACUGGAAUAAAAAUACAAACUUAAAAAAUAAAAAGAUUAAGGUAAUUAUUUUGUCUGCUUUUUAUUAUUAUGUUUUAUUCUCAAGUUAGUUAACACACAGCAUAGUCUUGGCUUCAGGAGUAGAACCCAGUGACUCAUCACUUACAUAUAUCACCCAGUGCUCAUCCCAACAAAUGCCCUCCUUAAUACCCAUCACCCCAUUUAUCCCACAUCUCCCAAACCCCCAAACCCAUCGACCCUCAGUUCUCUGUAUUUAAGAGUCUCUUAUGGUUUGCCUCCUUCUCUGUUUUUAUCUUAUUUUUCCUUCCUUUCCCCUAUGGUCAUCUGCUAAGUUUCUCAAAUUCCCCAUAUGAAUGAAAUCAUAUGAUACAUGUCAUUCUCUGACUUAUUUCACUUAGCAUAAUACCCUCCAGUUCCAUCCAUGUUGUUGCAAAUGACAAGAUUUCAUUCUUUUUGACUGCUGAGUAGUAUUCCAUUGCAUACAUAUACAACAUUUUCUUUUUUUUAAUUAUAUUUCAUUUUUUAAUUUACAUCCAAAUUAGUUAGCAUAUAGUGCAACAGUGAUUUCAGGAGUAGAUUCCUUAAUGCCCCUAACCCAUUCCUUAAUGCCCACAACCCCUCUAGUAACCCUCUGUUCUCCAUAUUUAAGAGUCUUUUAUGUUUUGUCCCCCUUCCUGUUUUUAUAUUGUUUUUGCUUCUUGUCCCUUGUGUUCAUCUGUUCUGUGUCUUAAAGUCCUCAUAUGAGUGAAGUUAUAUGAUAUUUGUCUUUCUCUAAUUUCGUUCACCCUCUAGUUCCAUCAACAUAGUUGCAAAUGGCAAGAUUUCAUUCUUUUUGAUUGCCGAGUAAUACUCCAUUGUAUAUAUAUAUACCACAUCAUCUUUAUCCAUUCAUCCAUCAAUGGACAUUUGGGCUCUUUCCAUACCUUGGCUAUUGUUGACAGUGCUGCUAUAAACAUGGGGGUGCAUGUGCCCCUUUGAAACAGCAUACCUGUAUUCCUUGGAUAAAUACCUAGUAGUGCAAUUGCUGGGUUGUAGGGUAGUUCUAUUUUUAAUUUUUUGAGGAAUCUCCACACUGUUUUCCACAGUGGAUGCACCAGUUUGGAUUCCCACCAGCAGUGCAAAAGAGAUCCUUUCUCUCUGCAUCCUUGCCAACAUCUGUUGUUGUCUGAGUUGUUAAUGUUAGCCAUUCUGACAGGUGUGAGGUGAUAUCUCAUUGUGGUUGUGAUUUGUGUUUCCCUGAUGAUGAGUGAUAUUGAGCAUUUUUUCAUAUGUCAGUUUGCUAUCUGGAUGUCUUCUUUGGAGAAGUGUCUAUUCAUGUCUUUUGCCCAUUUCUUCACUGGAUUAUUUGUUUUUUGGGUGUUGAGCUUAAUAAAUUCUUUAAAGAUUUUGGAUACUAACCCUUUAUCUGAUAUGUCAUUUGCAAAUAUCUUCUCCCAUUCUGUCGUUUACCUUUUAGUUUUGCUGAUUGUUUCCUUCACUGUGCAGAAGUUUUUAUUUUGAUGAGGUCCCAAUAGUUCAUUUUUGCUCUUGUUUCCCUUGCCUCCGGAGAUGUGUUGAGUAAGAAGGUGCUGUGGCCAAGGUCACAGAGGUUUUUGCCCGCUUUCUCCUUGAGGAUUUUGAUGGCUUCCUGUCUUACAUUUAGGUCUUUUAUCCAUUUUGAGUUUAUUUUUGUGUAUGGUGUAAGAGUGGUCCAGGUUCGUUUUUCUGCAUGUUGCUGUCCAGUUUUCCCAGCACCACUUGCUGAAGAGACUGUCUUUAUUCCAUUGGAUAUUCUUUCCUGCUUUGUGAAAGAUUAGUUGGCCAUAUGUUUGUGGGUCCAUUUCUGGGUUCUCUAUUUUCUUCCAUUGAUCUGAGUGUCUGUUUUUGUGCCAGUACCAUACUGUCUUGAUGAUUACCACUUUGUAAUAUAGCUUGAAGUCCAGGAUUGUGAUGCCUCCAGCUUUGGUUUUCUUUUUCAAGAUUGAUUUGGCUAUUCGGGGUCUUUUCUGGUUCCAUAAAAAUUUUAGGAUUGUUUGUUCUGGCUCUGUGAAGAAUGCUGGCAUUAUCUUGAUAGGGAUAACAUUGAAUCUGUAGAUUGCUUUGGGUAGUAUUAUUUUAACAAUAUUUGUUCCUCCUAUCCAGGAGCAUGGAAUAUUUUUCCAUUUUUUUGUGUCUUAUUCAAUUUUUUUCAUAAGCUUUCUAUGUUUUUAAGUGUAUAGAUUUUUCACCUCUUUGGU